UGUCGUUGCAUUAAAACAAAUCUGUGCCUGAGCGCAAUACAUGCUCUCUGUUGUAUUUAUAUGCUGUCAUGGUGAUGAGACCAGCAUGACUGAACCUCAUUCCACAGGCCCGCUUAGCUCCGCUUACAUGACAUCAUCUUGUGAGUCUCUGUGUCCCACCCCUGACUCAUGCUCUGGAGCCUUUCCUCUCCCACUCCAGCAGCAACACCCUUCUCUCCCAAAUGCAGCCGUUGCUGGGAAGCAGUGCCACAGUGGCGCAGUGGCAAGAGGAAGCAGGUUUUCUUGCUCCAUGUUUUAAAGUGGAACAGCCAUUAAAUGAGUUGUUCCAUUGCCUUUUGUUUUGCCUUCACAUCACAAAACCUGCUGGUUAAAAACCAUUUCAAUACUCUUGUGAUUAUCCUUAUACCUUGUGUAACUGGUGAAAAUGAAAACAUUAUGAAUUCAUAUUAGAUUUAGCUAUUGCUAUGCUCACUUGUAAGAAAUUAAUGUAGCAUAUAAGCUUCGCAAUAAUGGCAAAUUAGUGGAAAAACCUGAAUGAGUGCACGGGGAUACCUGCUUUUGUACAGCGUGAAGGGAAUCAUUGUUUUGACUGAAAGUGGAAUGGUGCUAAUCAUAUCUUAUUAUUCCUUAUGAGGAAGUAUCUGUGGGGAAAAAAGGUAGAGUUAUUUAGUAAGGACCACUGAACCACCUUAUAGAUACCAUUGAAUAUUCUGUCUCUUUUAAUAUUGUAAGAACAAAUCUAGAUAAUUAUUAGCUUUGUGUAUCUUAUACAGUUGAACUAUGCAUCCAUCCAUCCAUCCAUCCAUCCAUCCAUCCAUCCAUCCAUCCAUCCACCCAUUCUCUUCUGCUUAUCCAAUUUAGGGUUGAAGGAGGGGUUAAAACUAUCCCAGAUACCAUAUGGUGAAGGGCAGGGUAUACCCAGGACAGGUUGCCAGUCUGUCAAAGGGUUAACACAGAGAAGCAGACAACUAUUUGCACUCACAUUGACACCUAUCAACAGUUUAGAAUCACCAGUUAACCUAACCCCAGUAACUACAUGACUUUGGACUCUGAGAGGAAGCCCGAGUACCUGGAGAGAAACUGGGAGGGAAACUAGGACAAAAUAAUUCAGAAUGAUGGAAAAAUGUGGCUUUGUUUAAUUUUGUUUUAUUCUUAUGGUCUGUAAAACAGUGUGAAUUGUGAAUCGGUGUUUCUUUAAUUUCAAAAAAGAAAAAGAAUCAGUUGUUGAUGUUGAGUGGUCAUUGUUUUACAACAGUGGAGAGCAGCAAAAUUUGAGUGCAAUCUGAGUGACGUCUCAAUUAGGACGUUGGCAAACGUUGUGUCGGGCAAACCUGGCCAACAAAGUUAUGAGAUGGGCUUGAUGUGUGUUAUGACAAGUGUUUUGUGGGCUACAUAUAGAGUGAACCUGUGGCUGAUUCACCCUGAGUCAAUGGUCUUAGUCAAGGCCAAAUAUGGCGCACAGAAAUCUACAGAUAUGGGCCACAUUUGAGCCAAAUAUUCAUUGGUGUCAUGGUCCAAUAAGGCAGGUGCAGCUGCUGCACAAAUGGAAGCUAUUGGAUUGUUUGCAGCUGUGUGUGUUUGAGCGUGUGUGAGUGUGUGUUUUCAAGCAAGUGCCGUAAGUCUGUAUUUAUGUGCCAUUAGCUAUCAUUAAUGGCUCUCUGUUUCCUCUGCUGGACUUUGCUGAGUACCUGAGUAGUUACAGCUCAUGUCUGUGGGUAAGCUGCCAGCUUCAUCUUUAUGCUCCAUUUGUAUUUCAUCAAGGGUCACCUCACCCAUGGGUGUAGCAGGGCACAUCAUUAUUACACCAGAAGUGGUGAGAAUAGUCAUUAAUUAUUAUUUUCUGUUUGUGUAUCCAGCUAAUAUUGCAGCUACUGCACGUUUUCAGAAAGCGAUGGCUCUUUUAAUUUAAGGAUAUGCAGCAUUGGUUCAUGCUGUCCCGUUUUUAAUGUAGAGCCUGCACUUUCUCAGCAGCAGUUGUAGGAAAGGAGUCAUAAACAAAUUAAUAUUAUGGUUUCUUCUUUACUUUAGUCUCCAAAAAAGCAAAGACUGACUGAACAGGCUGCUCUGAAGGCUUGGCAACCUGUUCCAGUCACAUACCUCUGUCUUUGCCCUACCCUACUGGCUACAAUAUUUCACUUACAAAGAAUGGGAAAAAUGCACCUUCCGGUAUCUCCCCCUCUAUGAUGUUUUUCUGUCUUUGUUUACACCAGGAACAAUGAUGUCAGCAUGCCUAUUAAAACACACACUGAUUGCAGCUGAUCAUAUUGAACUGAGCCACCAGUCGUCCUCUGUUGUGAUUCAGCUUAUAUAAACCUCCAAUUUAUAGUUUGACAGGCAUAAGCUGUUGAAUAAUAGAAUCAGUAAUAUUAGGUUGCUGUAAGUUGCAAGAGAUUUGAUGUUUAAGGGCUGACAGUCUCUCGGUCCUAUCACUAUUUUUUUUUCUGAUUUGAUUGACUGUGGUAUGUGUCACGUGUCUCUUACAUAGCUCCAUCACCAUCACAUUAACAUUUCAUUUUAGUUUGGAUUAUGAGUUAUGGCCCUCAAAGCUAUACCAGCUUAGCCGUAGACUGUGUUUAUCACUAAUUAGGAAAUGCGAUUAUGCUAUUUAGGGCAAAAUGCUAAGAUAGCAAAUAUGGUAUGUAUUUGGUAAACAUUCUGACUCGCCAUUGUCUUUAUGUGCAUGUUCGCUUCAGAAGCAUAAUGUUAGUAGAAGAAAAGGCAGUUGAAGUAGUAGUUUAGACUGUUUUUCCUCUACUUGAUCUAUUUUUUGGUAAGAAAAAAGAAUUAAAAUAAUUAGCAAAACAUCCAAAAUAAGAAACUGAAAAUGCAGUUAAAGUAUCAAAUAAUCAUAAGUAGCCACGUUUUGCAUCUCCAUAUAGAUUUUUUGGGGGGUAGAAAAAUAGCUCAAAAAUGUCUCUUUCGAUGGCAAAGGUUGCCGACCUUCGAUUGACAAAAACCAGAGGUCACCAGCAUGUUGGUGUUUUGCUCAAAGCGCCACUCUUCUAAUGUGCAGCCUCACAAAGCCACAGCUGUAGGCCACGAGUGUCCACUCUUGCUUCGAAACAUAAUAAGCGUUUAAAUAAUAAACACCAUAAUUAUGAUAUAGAGUGAUAUAAUAAAUAGAUUUAUUUCAACAUUUUCAAAAGGAACACGCAAAGACUGAACAGGUUUUGUCCUGAUGGAGCAUUUAGUGAAAGGUUUAUUUUUUUUAAAUUUUUUUAAUGUAUGUUAGUGUGUGAGCAGGAUCACUACUGUGUGGAGGAGGGGCUUAUUAUUUGAAUUAUUUGAGGUUUUUUUUAAAAUGACCAGAGUCACUAUUAAAUAAAGGUGCAAUGGGUUACCUUGUACUCUAAAUAAAGCACACAGGCCUUUGCUUACUGAAGUGGCUGCAGCAUAAGAGCUGUGAAAGGAGGCCGUUGAGCAAGAACGUUCAGUGCGUCCUCGUCAGUGGGUUGAAGGUUGAGUGCUCUUGAGUUUAGGCUUUAUGCUUGUUUUUAUUUCCUUCACAUAUGAGAGCAAAGGGAUUACAUAGGGUGGACUGUGAUUGGUAGAGCUUUCUUUGCUCCUCUCAGAAUGUGAGGAUAUUUUAGGCAUUGUGACAUAACAAAAUACCAAAGGGUGUCCCUGUCCUUCUCUGCCAGAUGUUCUCAGGAAAACUGAAAUUCAUCUGUUUGUGUUUCUGCUUCUGUUUAAACAGAAUUAUGAAAUUACAAAUUGAACAGCCAGUCAAAGGGUAGGCUGUCCUACUGCUGGGUUGAUUUUUCACUUUCUGAAAGUCAGUUGAAAGCAAAUUAGAAUCUGAAUUGUUUAUUUGGGUACAAAAUCAGUUUCAUGUGUUGAAUAUGUAGUUUUGAAUAUGCAAAUUCGAUGCUGGAGAACAUAUCAUAGGAUUUGAUCCGUUUUGUUUUGCGCUACAUCAAUCAGAUUCCAAAAUCAAAGGAUACAAACUUAUGCAACUUUAAUCUCUGUUCAAAUAAAUACAUUCACUUCUAUUACAAGGACGAUUUCGCUUCACUCAUCUUUGCGUGGCAGAAAAUGAAGGAUGUCACCUGAGUGGCACAGAUUAUGUAGCCUGCAGUUGCAGGGGCAGCAUGGUUUAGGGUUGUAGCUAUUUAUAGCCAUGCACAUGUGCUUUGCUGAGGUCUACAAAUAAGUGUCUCAGGCUGACCGUUCGAAUGCUGUGGGUGGACUCUUGGCUUGCACUCGGCUUGGACUGCAGACCGAGUGCACACAGGCCUCACAACAGUGUUAUGCUCAUCAUCUAGUUUUAUACAAGACUGGCUGCUGUGGCUAAUGAUUCACAGCACUGCUGUUUGCUGUCAUUGUUAAAAGAAACUAUUCAUUUGAAUAUGUUCACACACUGCGAUGUAAGACUGUGCAGUAAACAACACCUUAAUUACUACCAGUUUGACUUCCUGCCUCGGUGUAAAUUUGCUCAUCGGAAGAAGGUUUUGAUAAAUGCAUUCUGUAGACAUCGCCUGAGGUUGUAGACGUUAGGAUGGUGGUUUGUCGGGUCGGGCUUUCUACAACUUGUGAUUCUUCAAACAUCAACCGUUUAAAGUCAGAGGUCACAAUCCAGUUAUCCGGUUCCCAGACUUUUGGUGGAGGUGAAUCAUCUACCAAAGUGAGAACAUUUAAACAGACACGUACAAGCAAUCACACGCUGUAAGUUUAAUUACUUUGCAAAGGUUUCCGAACAUCAUACAUUUACUACCUCAAGUAUUGAGUUAUUAAUUAGUUCAUAUGAUGUUUUCCUCACUUUCUUACUUAUUUAUUGACAAUAUCAUAGUUUUUGGCAUCAUUCAGAUAACUGCUAAAAUGAACUGCAUGGAUGUUGUGUGUCACUGAUGUAACCAAAUGGGGUUGAGCCAGUAUAUUAAAGAGAUUUCAUCUACAUACUCAAAUGAUAUACUAAUUCAGUAUUUCAGUAAUAAAUAACACAUGUUUUAGUCAUAACUGAAAUGCUGUAUCAGUAUCUACAUGUUGACUUGUGACAGAUGGGCGAUGUGUCCAGGGUGCACCCUCCCGACCACCCUGUGACAGCUGGAACAGGCUCCCACAAACCUGAACUGGAUAAGUGGAAGAAAGUAGAUGGCUCAAAUGCACGUUUGCACAGCAUUGUUUUAGCACAAUAAGGCCUCAGCCACACAGGCCAAGAGCAUGGCCAGCAACCUUCUGGGAAAAAUGUGUAUUGCUGGACCGGUUGGUGAGCAGCUGCUGGCUGUCAGUGGGUCACAAAGUCACAGUGUGUGCUAGCAAUCGCUAGCAGGGGUCACUUUGACCGUGUCCAAGCACUCGGCAACCAAUCUUCUCAAACGACCUGUGGUUGUCAGGGGUGUCAUUGGCCUGUCUCUACGCCUGUGUCACUGGAACCUUAAAUGCGGCACCGCAUAUAAGAUGAAACAAAAGUCCAAGCAGUGCAAUCAUAGAAUUUAUUAACUGUAAUAAGUAAGUGUGCGAUAAGGCUGAUAAUGUUUUAUAUCAUGACGAGACGUUUGUAUAAACACAUUAGGUCUGACUUUAGUUUAGAGGGGCAGAGAUUGAGUACUUGCUGUUUAAUAUCUGAUCUUCACUGAUUUCAUAGACAAAUAAUAUAUCACUAGAAUUAUAAGGCAUACUUUUCAGGCUGCACUUAUAGAGCACUUUUAUUCUUGUUAAGUCCUCAAGAGGGCACCAUACCACUAAACUCACUUUAAUAAUAUUUAGGAAGCUUAUUUACAGAAAUGACUUGCUUUGUAGCACAUAAUAAUAUGCUAAAUUGUUCAUUAUCUAUUUAUACUGUAUUUAAACAUGAAUGGCAGCAAUAAUGUCAACCUGAUUGCCAUGCUGUGACAUUUAUUGAUAUGAGUGUAUUGACUGUGCGCUAUCAGUAAUCUGUGAAGUAUGUGAAAUCAUGUGCUCUAAGGUUAUCUGUUACUGACUGUGAUUGAAAGCUGGUUGAUGACACUUCUUUCAGCUCCUGACCUCUGCUCUGAGCUGGAGAGUUUCCUGGAAAACUUGCCCAGUCAAUCUAUAUUAAUGAGCUUUUCAGGAGAGGUUUAUGCAUUAUGCAGCAGAGAGCUUAGACAUGGGCAUUACGGACCAAAUUGGUGUCCUGCUGCAGAGUGCACUGCUUUAUUUCUGUGUGAUUCAGCUGCACGACGGAGUCACGGGGACAUUCACAUCAGCAAUGACACAGCAGUGCUGCUGGGAAGGGGUUUCACUGCAUCACUCUCGCUUUUCCUUUCAGUUUGCUUCUCCUGAUUAGUUUUGUUGCACUGUAUCUUUUUUUUUUAAUUCAGUCUUUGAGCUUUGUGCAGAUUAUCAAAAAAGUAAUAGUUAUCAGUCCAACCCACUUUUGAAUUCUCAGCUGCUUUUAAUCAUGCACUAUUUUUAGAUGAGCUAAAUGUACAAAUCUGCAGAGAAUACAGUCACAGAGCUCUGAAGGCGCCCUGUUCUGUAAAUGCAUGUUUCGAGCUUCAUUAUAAACCUGAAGGACUCUUUCCCUUCACAUGCAAAGCUGCUAUAUCAUUGAAAAGGGAGCUUAUAUACUGUGUGGGCAUCUUUCAGACUCUGUGACUCCACAGAGAAUAUGCUGUCCUUUAUAAACUUAGGUAGAUACAGAGUGGCUCAGUUCUUGUUAGAAACUAAUGCUUUCAAAAUGCAGGAUUACAAUAUUACAAACAAAUAUUAUAGUUAUGUAUAUAGCCAUGCAUUGCAAUACAGUGUGUUGGAUGUAAGUAUGCAAGUUUCUGAAGCAUCAUUUGUCACUAGAGCACUUUCAUUUUUUGUCUUAUAUAACUGUGAUGUUCAGUAUGAUAAGAAAACAGAUGAAGGACUUCAACUAAAAACUGUUAUUAUUCAUGUUGCGUAAUAGGAGGUUUUGGCCGUUCUUUGACUUAAAGUGUUCUCAGUUGUUUUUCCUGGAGUAAACAUUUUAAGUCUUGGCGGCAGUUGAACAAUAGAAAGAUGAUUAUUUUUGCACUCUUGAAAAUUGGGGCUCACAGUUGAUAAUGUUUAUAUUGCACAAGAUGCAUCUGAUAUGUGAAAUAGUUAAGUGAAACAUGAUGUCAUGAGAAAGUGUGAUACAUGGUUUAAAGAAACUAGUUCUUUGUUAAUAGUCAGCUAACAAGGAGCAAUUUCUCCGUUUUCCUUUUUUCCAUGAAGCACACUGACUUUCUUAUAUGAUUUUUGAGCGCUGCUGCAAGAUAAACAGUGAACCACAUGGAAACCCAAAUUAGCAAGCCGCCAUGGAAAACCUGACAGGACUCGUUCUGGAAGUUUGACGAGAGAGGGAGUCACAGCUAGAGCCCUAGAGGGUGGUUGGCAAGCAGGCGAGAAGAGGGAGACCGUUGCUGCUGCCUCUUCUUCAGUCACUUAUCCGCAUGGCAUCUGUGUACCUGGAUCGCGAUCCUCUCGACAGCCCUCAGGAAGGGGUGCAGACAAUGAAGUACCGCCUAAUGACAGAGAGGGAACGUAGGGAGCGCUUGGUAGCGCUAAUGUGCUGCAUGGAUGAAAGAGACAGAGUGCAAAAGAAGACAUUUACAAAAUGGAUAAACCAGCAUCUGGUGAAGGUACGAAAGCAUAUAAAUGAUCUUUAUGAAGACUUACGAGAUGGACAUAACCUGAUCUCGCUGUUGGAGGUUUUGUCUGGAGAUACACUGCCAAGGGAGCGUGAUUUUCUGAAGACUUUGCGGUUGGUGAGUGGGACAGACGCAUGCGCAGUUGAGCAGCAUGGAGACACGGUGGAUGAUGAUAAGGGGCCUCGGGAAAGAGGGAGGAUGCGCUUCCACAGACUCCAGAAUGUACAGAUAGCGCUGGACUAUUUAAAGAGGCGGCAGGUCAAACUUGUAAAUAUAAGAAAUGAUGACAUCACAGACGGCAACCCAAAACUGACGCUGGGAUUGAUCUGGACCAUAAUUCUGCACUUUCAGAUCUCGGAGAUCCAUGUGACGGGAGAGUCCGAGGACAUGACAGCCAAGGAGAGACUGCUGCUCUGGUCCAAGCAGACGACAGAGGGCUACGUAGGUGUGCGAUGUGAAAAUUUCACAACCUCGUGGAGGGAUGGGAGGCUAUUUAAUGCCCUUAUUCACAAAUACAGACCGGACCUUGUGGACAUGAGCCGUGUGUCAACACAGACCAACCGAUCAAAUUUAGAAGACGCAUUUUGUGUAGCUGAACAGCUGGGGGUGGCCAGACUACUGGAUCCUGAGGAUGUUGAUGUCCAGUCUCCUGAUGAAAAAUCAGUCAUCACCUACGUCUCAACACUGUACGAUGCCUUCCCCAAAGUACCCGAUGGAGUUGAAGGAGUUAGUCCUAAUGACGUUGAUAUCAAAUGGGUGGAGUACCAGAACAUGAUCAAAUACCUCAGCCAGUGGAUCAAACACAAUGUGGCCAUAAUGUCAAGUAGAUCAUUCCCCAAUAACCCUGUAGAACUCAAGGCACUUUAUACACAAUAUCUUCAAUUCAAAGAACAUGAAAUCCCACAAAAAGAAAAUGAGAAAACAAAAAUCAAAAAUCUCUACAAAAUGCUUGAGAUGUGGAUCGAGUUUGGACGUCUUCAGUUACCCCCAGGUCAUCAUCCGAAUGAUGUGGAGAAGGAAUGGGGUAAACUAAUUGUCGCCAUGCUGGAAAGAGAGAAGAGCCUGAGGCCAGAGGUGGAAAGGCUUGAAAUGUUGCAGCAGAUUGCCAACAGGGUUCAGCGAGACUGUGUUAACGGCGAGGACAAGCUUGCACUGGCAAGAACGGCCCUGCAGUCUGAUGCAAAACGUCUUGAGUCUGGUAUUCAGUUCCUAAAUGAAGCUGAGAUCGCUGGCUACCUGUUGGAGUGUGAGAAUAUUCUCAGACAACAAGUAGUGGAUAUCCAGAUUCUCCUGGAUGGAAAAUUCCCAUUUGCAGAUCAGCUUGUCCAAAGGGUGUCAAAACUCCGCGAUGAUCUUCUAGCCCUGAGAGCCGAAUGCUCCUCUGUGUACAGCAAAGGCCGCACCCUGACGACAGAGCAAACCAAAAUGAUGAUCUCAGGCAUCACACAGAGUCUGAACUCUGGCUUCUCCCAGAGCAUUAACACUAACCUGACACCAGCCCUUACUCCUGCACUCACCCCAGGGGGAAUAGGUACCCCUGGGUCCACCUUCACCUCCAGCCUUACGCCGUGCCUCACCCCAUCCUUGACUCCUGCCUUGACCCCGAGUCUGCAGCCUGCAUCAGUCCAGAGCUACUUGGGGAGCGGUGGUGACAUGGUCCCAGGUAGCCUCAGGCAUUUGAAAAACAUGCAGAUCCGGAAGCCCUUACUGAAAUCCUCACUGGCAGACCCCAGCUUGACAGAAGAAGAGGUCAACAUGAAGUUUGUUCAGGACCUUCUAAACUGGGUAGAAGAGAUGCAGAUGGAGCUGGAGCGUUCAGAGUGGGGAUCUGAUAUGCCAAGUGUGAAAAUGAAUUUAGAUAACCACAAAAAUGUACACAGAGUGAUCGAAGAAUUCCAAAUGAGUCUUAAAGAAGCCAAAAUAAGUGAAAUUCAGAUGACGAUGCCUUUAAAGCUCAGCUUUUCAGACAAACUGAACAAACUGGAAAAGCAGUAUGAACGACUCUUGAGCUCAUCCAGGGAGCGGCAAAGCCACCUGGAGAGCCUGCAUGACUUUGUAUCACAGGCAACUCAAGAGCUCAUCUGGCUGAACGAGAAGGAGGAAGAGGAGGUUGCCUUUGACUGGAGCGAUCGCAACAUUAACAUCUCCAAAAAAAGGGAUUACCACGCUGACCUGAUGAGGGAGCUGGAUGAAAAGGAGGAAGCCAUCAAGUCUGUGCAGGACAAGGCAGAGCGCCUUAUGCUCAAGAACCACCCAGCCAGGCUAACUAUUGAAGCAUACAAAGCUGCAAUGCAGACCCAGUGGAGCUGGAUUUUACAGCUCUGCUCAUGUGUCGAACAACAUCUCAAGGAGAAUGCCAUUUAUUUUGAGUUUUUCAGUGAUGCCAAAGAGUCCAUGGAUUACCUGAAAAAUUUGCAGGAUUCGAUUCAAAGAAAGUACAGCUGUGAUCGAACAAGUAGCCUACACAGACUGGAGGAUCUCAUUCAGGAGUCCAUGGACGAGAAAGAGCAGCUCCUUCAGUACCGCAGCACUGUGGCUGGGCUGGUGGGCAGGGCUAAAAAUAUUGUGCAGCUCAAGCCCAGAAACCCUGAAAAUCCACUAAGAUCCUCCAUCCCUGUUAAAGCGAUCUGUGAUUAUCGUCAGAUAGAGAUUACCAUUUAUAAAGAGGACGAGUGCGUACUGGCCAGUAACUCUCACCGGGCUAAGUGGAAAGUCAUCAACCCAGCAGGUAAUGAGGCGAUGGUUCCCUCUGUUUGCUUCACUGUCCCUCCACCCAACAAAGAGGCCGUUGAUAUGGUUUCAAGAACUGAGCAGUUAUAUCAGAACGUCCUGGCACUGUGGCACCACUCCCACGUCAACAUGAAGAGUGUGGUGUCUUGGCAUUAUCUAAUGGCUGACAUUCAAGCCAUCCGCAACUGGAAUGUGGCUUCAAUAAAGACCAUGUUGCCAGGUGAGCAUCAGCAGGUCUUGAGCAACCUGCAGUCCCACUUUGAUGAGUUCCUGGAAGACAGCGAGGAGUCAAAGGUAUUCACUAUGGCGGACUGCGCGCAGCUCGAGAGAGACGUGGCGGCGUGUAAGGAGUACUACCAGGAACUGCUCAGAUCCGCAGAGAGAGAGGAACACGAGGAGUCGGUGUACAAUCAUUACAUCUCGGAAAUACGCAACUUCCGUAUGCAUCUGGAGGCCCAUGAAGAACACCUGAUCAGGCAAAUACGCUCACCCCUGGAAAGAGAUGACCUGGAGCAGAGUCUGCAGCGUAUCACAGAGCACGAGAGGAAGACGGCAGAGCUGAAUAAGCUGAAGGAGGAUCUGGAUGCCAUGAAGGAGAAGUGCGAGCUGUUCCUCAGACAGGCCGCGGGUUCUCCGUCUGUGGCAACGCUUUCAUCUGAGCUCACAGUCCUCAUUCAGAGCAUGAGCCAAGUGUACUCCAUGUCUUCCAUUUAUAUGGACAAAUUAAAAACUGUGAGUUUAGUGGUGAAACACAGUCAGAGUGCAGAGGCGCUUGUUAAGGCCUAUGAGUCCAAACUCUACGAAGAAGACGCCAUGAACCCUGAUGUCAAAUCCAUUGAAAAUGUCAUUUCCACACUAAAGCACUGGCGGGCAGAGAUUGAUGAGAGACAGGAGUCAUUCCACGACAUGGAGGAUGAGCUGCAGAAGGCGCGACUCAUCAGUGACCGCAUGUUUAAAGCGCACAACGAGCGCGACUUUGACCUCGACUGGCACAAAGAAAAGGCGGAUCAGUUGAGUGAGAGGUGGCAGAACAUCCACUCGCAGAUCGAUAGCAGGCUCCGCGACCUGGAUGGUAUCAGCAAAUCUUUGAAGCACUACAGAGACUCCUAUAGUAGCCUUGAUGAAUGGGUUAGAGACAUGGAGGCAGCACAGCUGAAGGCCCAAGAACACAAGCCUGAGGAUAGCAAGGCACUGGCUGAGCUGUUAAACAAACAAAAAAUCCUUGUUGCUGAAAUUGAGAAGAAACAGAGCAGUAUCGACGAAUGUCAAAAGUACUCAGAGCAGUACUCAUCUGCUGUUAAGGAUUAUGAACUUCAGCUGAUGACGUUCAGAGCGAUGGUCGACUCCCAGCACAAAUCUCCUCUCAAGAAACGGAGGAUGCAGAGUUCUUCUGAUGCCAUUCAGCAGGAGUUUAUGGAUCUCCGAACGCGCUACACUGCUCUGGUGACUCUGAUGACUCAGUAUGUGAAGUUUGCCAGCGAAACGCUGAAGAGAACUGAGGACGAGGAGAGAUCUGUUGAUGAGGAGAAGAGAGAGAAUGGUGAUAAGGUUAACAAACUAUUGCAGUGGAUGUCCAAUGUGAAACAGACCGUGAGCAAUGGUGGGGAUGCUCUGAAAGAUAGUAAUGCCAACACAGAUGCUUCUAAUAAGCCGCAGGUGUCAGUGGAGGAACUCGUCACUAAAAAAGAACAAAUUGCAGAAGCGCUGAGGUCCACACAAACGAUGCUAAACAAACACAGUGACAAAAUGACAGAAGAGGAAAGAAAGAAGGCCCAAGAGCAGCUGCAGUCUCUCACUCAGGCCUACAAUGAACUCUCCCAGCAGUGUUCAGAUCAGACUCCCUCUGCAGAUGAGGAUUUCAAACCCCUUGAUAGGAUUGGGACUGGAAUGACUGGCCUGAUUGAUCAGAGAGGUUUGGUAAAUCAUCAAGGGGCCCUCCUAACCUCUAACCUCUCUGAACCCCAAUUUCAUCUGGGGUGUGACGAAGCUAUUGAAGAAAAUCGCAUCUACACAUCAACGCUGAAUCACUUGCCAGUGUUGAAUGAUUCAAGCAAAUGCAUACAGAGUUCACAUGUCUCCUCUGUGUCCCUGUCUGACAUAGCAGCAGCUAGAGAAGGGUCCAUGUGUGAAGAUGUGAUCAUAAAGAUAAUAGAGGCCAGCCAGGUCAGUGAUGAAAUGCAGAUGUCCUACACAGGGGACACGAUGACCCUGGAGAAGGCAUUUCAGUGUGGUUUAAUUCCUGCUUCUGUCUACGUAAACAUCCUUCAGAGGAAAAAGUCUCACCAGGAUAUGAUAAAUCCUGGCACUGCAGAAAGUCUGUCUUUUUUAGAGCCUGAAGAGGAGGGUGAAGCUUGUGAGGCUAAUAAACUGAUAUUCAAGGGCCUGAGCAGAGAGAGCUCAGAGACAUCAGAGGGGAAUAUUAACAGUGUGACUUCGGGUGGUUUUAGUAAUCAGGAGAUUAUGGUGAGGUUGUUAGGUGCUCAGGGGGAUCUAGAAGGUCAGAAUGAAACUGAGGUGUCAGAUGGUAACUUCCAGAAUGCUGGAGGUGGGCUGAAGGUGGAUGCGGCCAUUCAGUGUGACUUGAUGAGCUCCAGCAGCACACUCAUCGUCCUGGGAAAUCAGCAACAGUUCAUGGGACUUGCGUUGCCUCACUCUGGGGAAAUCCAAACGGUGUCUGCCUCGCAUGAAUCUGAUUGUCAAAGCACCUCCAGUGAGUUUACCUGCAGACUUUUUACUAAUCGAGGGAAAAUAGCAGCAUUUUACAUUCCAGAAAAUUCAGAGGUGAUAGAUAUCACUACCGCUAUUCAAAAUGGUUGGAUCGACAGUCACACAGCAGAGGUUCUGAAAUCCAUAGAGAUCCCAGAUGUGCUGCCAGAUGUUGAUCACCUUAGUGAAAAGUUUUCAUCUUGGCUCACUUAUAAAAAGCUGGCAGUUGAUGGGUGGCCUCAUGAUGGUUCAGAAGUUAAUCUCCCCUCUCCCACGGAAGCAAAACAGUUAUUCAUCUCAUACUUAAUGAUGAACAGUUACAUUGAUCCAAAGUCAGAACAGAGGGUUUUGAUACUUGAUGAUCAGUUAAACAAAAUGGCUCAUGCUUUUCUUGAAGACACGCUAUUUUAUCCGAACGAUGAUGAAGGUUUGACUGAUUUGACUUUGUUUGAUGCCAAAAAUCCUUUUGAAGACGCAGAUUCUGAGAUGUCGCUACACAUAAAUGAUGAAUCAGAGGAGUUAAUAAAAAACACAGAGGACGUGUUUGAUCGUUAUGACUUUGUUUCCCAGACCGGCGGGAGAAUCACCUUUGAUGAAAACACACAACACACGUUUGAGCCUCAUAAUUUCGUUUCCUCUGGCAAUGGAAGAAUAACCUUUGAUGAAAAAUCGAAUAAAAAUGACAAAGCUUCAAAACACGAUCAUGCCAAGGACCUUUUAGUGAGUAGUGACAUUGAUUUUAACACCAGAGGUGUAGAGGUGGAAAACGCGUUUGAAAACGACACGUGGACAAAGUCAGAUCAGUUUGAAGAAGGAAUUUCUGGAAAUACUUUGAAAAAGGAGGCCGAAGAUUAUGCCAGGGAAGGUCUUGAUAUUCCAGGUUCUCUAAAUGUGUCAGUGCCUCACAUAUUUUGCUCUGGGGAAAGCAGAAAUAUUAGCUCACCUUCAGUGAUGAUUGGCUCUGAGUCCUCAUUUAAAUCUUGCCAUCAGGUGCCACCACACUAUAAGGCUAAGUGCUUUGAUACAACAAGUGUUCAUAUUGAACAACCUCAGUUUUUAAGCUCUGAGGACUCAGUGGAGGGUGGAAAUGAGCGGAAGAGUGCUAUUGCGCUUCUGAAAACCCAAAUGGAGGAAGAGGGCAUUUUGGACGUCACCUCUGGGAAAUGUUAUAACCUGCAGGAAGCUCUUAAUAAAGGAUUAGUGGAUGAUAAGAUGGUACUAGAGCUGCAUGACUCACAGUCAGAUGAAAAAAAUCCCAUCCUGAUGGUUGAGACAGACAGAUUUUCUGGAUUAAAACAGGCAUUGUCAAGCAGAUGUCACACAGAGCAGAGCUUUUUGAGGUCUCAUUGCAGCAGGAGCAUUGGUGAGGCACUCCCGCUUGAAUUAGUCAAGGAUUCAGAUUCGCAAGGCAACUUUUACCCAGAGGAAAAUCAUGUUUACUCUCUUUCUGAAGAUCAAGAUCUGGGUUUAAUUCAUGCAGCUGAAAACACACAGCAGGUGAUUUCAAGAAAUGCUGCUGUCACGGUGCUUGAUUUAGCCAAAGAAGAGGCUAAUAACAAAGAAGGAGAGAGUGAAAAUAGAAAUCGAGAGUUGGCGUGUAAGGCAGUGGGGAGUGUAGAAACAAUGACUAAUAAAGUACAUCUUUCCCUUCCAUCAGAAAGUGGUAACAUGCCUCAGAUGAUCUCACCCUCUUAUUGGAAUCAGGUUACAGCAGAGCGUAUCAAUCAUAUAGGAAAAUUGCCUUUAGGGGCUGAGGACAGUGAGUCACACACCUUAAUGGAUAGCGAGCUGACAGGAAGAAUCUCUGGCAUCAAUACUGAUUCCAAAAGCCAGACUCAGUCUGCCACUUUUGCUUAUCACUCCGGUAAAUCUGACAGCAUACCCAGUGAUGAUGAUGUUUUCGGUGAUGGAUAUGAUACCAGUGUAAGAAAACAGACAUUCAUUCAGAGUGAAACCGGCACGUCAGUUUCAUUUUCCAGUGCUUUGUCUUUGGAAGCUAGAGUGGAAGAUGAAAGUGGGGUUCGGUCAACUUUGGGCAGUGAGCCAGCUCCGAGUGUGGAUUACACAUCGCUUGGGGAUUUGGUUGAGGGUGCAGUCAUCUCGGUUUCCAGGGGUAAUUGUAACUCUGUGAAAAACGGGGCAGAAGAUGUCAGAAUUGCAUUACGUCAGCAAGCAGAAAGUGAUUAUAAUGAUGAAUCUGAGCCCAGCAGCUGUCAGAGAGAUCAGAGCCUGAUUGCAGCUGUUUGUGAAAGACCUCCAGAACAGCAGAGCUCCUCUUCUGAAAUACCUGCUGUUUACAGCAGCAUAACAGCAACAAAUACCAUCAAUCACAGCAACUAUGAUACUGAAGAUACAGUCCUGACUCCUAAAGAUUUCUUAGGGUUUACAGAUGGUGGAGCAGGUGAUUCUGAGAGGCCUUCCCUAGAGAAGCAAAAUGAUGACAUUCUCACUAUUGAUGGUGAACAGAUCUCCAUAGCUCUCUGUCAGCGAGAUCAGAGCCUGAUUGCAGCUGCUUGUGAAAGACCUCCACAACAGCAGAGCUCCUCGUCUGAGUUACCUGCUAUUUACAGCAGCAUAACAGCAACAAAUACCAUCUUGCGCAGCAACAAUGAUAUUGAAGAUUCAGCCCUGACUCCUAAAGAUUCGUUAGGGUCGGCCCAUGGUGGUGCAAGUGAUGCUGAGAGGCUUUUCCAAGAGAGGGAAAACAAUGACCUUCCCUCUAUUGAUGCUGUAUCUGUCUGUCAGGGAGAUCAGAGCCUGAGUUCACCUGUUUGUGAAGGACCACAACAGCAGAGCUCCUAUUCUGAGAUAUCUUCUGUUAAUAGAGACAUAACAACAAGUACUAUCAACCAAAGCUACUAUGAUAUUGAAGAUUCAGCCCUGACUCCUAAAGAUUUGUUAGGGUUUACUUGUGGCCUUACAAGUGAUGCUGAGAGGCUUUCCCAAAACAGGCAAAACAAUGACAUUCCCACUGUUAAUGCUGAACAGAUCCCUGUAUCUCUCUGUCAGAGAGAUCGGAGCCUGAGUGCAGGUGUUUGUGAAGGGCCCCGGCAGCAGAGUUCCUCUUCUGAGUUAUGUGCUGUUUACAGCAGCAUAACAGCAACAAAUACCAUCAAUCACAGCAACAAUGACAUUGAAGAUUCAGCCCUGACUCCUAAAGAUUUGUUAGGGCCGGCCCAUGAAGGUGCCGGUGAUCCUGAGGGGCUUCCCCAAGAGAGGGAAAACAAUGAUAUUCUCACUGUUAAUGCUGAGAAAAUCCCUGUAUCUCUCUGUCAGAGAGAACGGAGCCUGAGUGCAGCUGUUUGUGAAAAACCUCCACAACAGCAGAGCUCCUAUUCUGAGAUAUCUUCUGUUAAUAGAGACAUAACAACAAGUACUAUCAACCAAAGCUACUAUGAUAUUGAAGAUUCAGCCCUGACUCCUAAAGAUUUGUUUGGGUCAGCCCAUGGAGGGGGAGGUGAUGCUGAGAGGCUUUCCCCAGAGAAGCAAAAUGAUGACAUUUUUAAUAUUGAUGCUGAACAGAUUUCUGUACCUCUCUGCCAAAGGGGUGCACCUGUUUGUGAAAGACCUCCACAAGAGCAGAGCUCCUCUUCUGAGAUACCUGCUGUUACAAAUACUGUUUAUCACAGCAGCAAUGAUGUUGAAGAUUUAGCGGUGACUCCUAAAGACUUGUUAGAGCCAGUGCUUGGUGUUACAGGUGAUGCUGAGAGGCUUUUCCCAGAGAGGCAAAACAACAGCAUUUUCGCUAUUGAUACUGAACAGAUCUCUGCAUUAAGAACGGACACAGACGAUCCUGAUAGUGAUAGAAAUGUCUCCUGUUUAAAUCCAUCGUUUCCCUUAUCAGACAACUUUGGACAGCCUGGAAGUAGAAUAGGAGAAGAGAUGACAUCUGAUCCUAUAGAAGAGGAUCAAAGUUUAGAAGUGUGUGUUUCUGUGGAUACUCACACAGUUACGGAUUUCCUGUCUGAGAGCAGUAUAAUACCUGUUGUUUCCUCUUCAGGCCCAUUAGUGUUUUCUAAUCCUGGAAAGACAUAUGCAGAUGACCAGGGGGAAGAUAUUACACACAGUGAUAAGAGCAGUGGUUUGGAAAGGGCACAAGCUCAAGAUUCUCAAGAUGCCCUUUCUAUAGAUAAGAAUAAUGCACAAUCUUUACAUAAAAACAGUUUCCACGAGAGUAGCACAUCUCAAGGACUCGCAGACAGCAGUCACCCAGAUCACCUCAUGAAUUUACUGAAGCAAAAUUCUCUCAGUUUAGACAGCGAGGACACGAGGAAAGCAAAACUGAUAUGCCAGGAUGAAAGAGGAAGUCAAGAGACAGAGCAGUCUGAUGCUCCAAAUAUCCAGCUGCAGCUGCUGCAGGUUUUUAAGACUGUUUCCACAAGCCAAGACCUUUCAGUGCUUAAGGAAGUGAUGGAUACCCUCAGCAGCGCUCUGGGGUGUGAAUCACAGCAGGAACAGUGGCACACACUGGAGAGCAUCAAAGAGGAAAGUUCAGAGGGAGAGGAUGAGGAGUCGGGAGAGGAUGACGGUGCUCCAAAGACUCACCAACCAUCUGUUGAGGCCUCUGCCAGCUCAUAUGGCUGCAAAGUUGAGGAGGUCAAAUAUAAGCUGUUCUCCAUCCACGAUUAUUUGGAGUGUGUUGGGAGACUGCAGGAUCACUCUGAUGUUUUAGAAGAUGCCAGAAAAGACCUCUCAACCCCAAUACCCACAGACAACAACAUGGAAGAACUGCAGAACCAAAUAGAGGAAUGUCAGUCUCUGCAGUCUCAGCUUUCUAGUCUGGCUGAUGUUCUGACAGUCGAUACGGAGAAAGCCAAGCAACUCAUAAACUCUGCUGAUGAAGACGUUCCCCAGCAAAUCCACCACGACUUGGCCUCGAUAUAUCUGGAGUUAGAGCCAGAUUUUACUGCUGUGUCUCAGAUGUGUGCAGAAAGAAGCAGCUCUCUGAUUCAAGCGAUGGAAACAGGGAAGGUACACUUGGAAUCAACAUAUCAGCAGCAUCUCAGUGAUCUCAAUACGCUGGCGGGGCUCAUUCAAAAUAACUCUGAGAUGUUGGGUGUGGAUUUGAACACAUGUGAUGUGGACACUCUGAAACAUCUGAGCCAGCAGAAUAAGGACAUGGAGGACCAUCUGCAAAAAGAAGCCAGGCUCAAGUUAGAGGAUGUCACGUUUGAUAUCCAGUGCUUUAUUUCAGAGCACACUCAGUUCCUGAGUCCGGCUAAGAGUAGCUACCUCCUCAAGUUCCUCAGCACCACUCAGCGAGCAUUCAGAGACCAGAUAGAAAGGCUUGUAACACAGAAGAGUGCCUUAGAUGUCCUGCUUGAUGCCAGAGAGAGAGAAAACCUGGCAGAGUCUUUAUUGGAGAAACAGAAGGAGUUUACAGACAAGUUGGCGGACGUGUGUGAUAAUCUCACGCUGACUGAGAACCGCCUGAUUGGCCAUAAGCAACAGGCUGAAAAUGCUGAGAGCAUUACAGACCUGCAGCAGUACCAGCAGGAGCAUCAGGCUCUCCAAAAAGACGUGUUGACAAACGCCAGUGCCUUAAAUGAUGUGAUCAGCAGUACUAAUACAUUUCUCGUGGAAAACCGAAGCAAGAUGACACCAGAUCAAAUUGCCGCUAUUGAAAGCAAGCUGGAAGAGGCUAAAAGCAAAGCCAAGGUCAUCAACCAGCGAGCCGAGGACUCCAGAAAAGAUUUGGAGAAAGCUGUCACGACAGCCAUACAGCAGGAGAGCGAAAAGGCAGCAGCUGUCGAACAGCUUGAGGAGAGUAAGAGCAAAAUUGAAGGUCUUCUGGACUGGAUUUCCAAUGUAGGAAAUAAAAACAAGAGCAGCCUGGAUCAAACAGACCAUGUAAGUCAGGAAAAUGGAAACCUGCCAGAGGAACCUUCAGCUAAGGGACUGAUAACAGACGAUGAUAAUGCCAACGGAAACGCUUUGCAGGCCACUGAAAAGGAUUUUGGCAGAGAGACCAGUGGCGAGGACAAUGAAUCCCCGAAUCUUGAUAAGCAGUACCAAGGGCUCAAGGCCCAUCACCAGGAGAUUCUGUCCCAGCAGCAGGAUCUGAUCAUGGCCACCCAGUCAGCUCAGGCUAUGCUUGACAAGCAAGCCAACGUGCUGUCUCCACAGGAGAAGGAGGCUUUGCAGAAGAACAUCCAAGAGCUAAAGGAGCGCUAUGAGACGUCCCUGACUCAGGCUGAGCAGCAGAUGAAGCAGGUGCAGUGUGUCCAGGAGGAGCUGAAGAAGUUCCAGGACGACUGUGAGGAGUUUGAAAACUGGUUAAACCAGACUGAAGAAGAGAUUUUGGAACUGGGAGCACCUGCAAGCUCCCUUAAUAUCCUCAGUGAUAACCUUCAGCGACAGAAAAGCUUCUCGGAGGAUGUGAUUUCCCACAAAGGGGACCUUCGCUUCAUCACUAUUUCGGGACAGAAAGUGCUGGACGUGGCUAAGGCAUUUGGAUCAGCUGACCCGGCAGCUAAGAAUCCGCUGCUGCAUGUGGAUACUUCAGGGACCUGUUCUGCUGUCAAGGAUAAACUAGAUUCAGCAGCCAGUCGAUAUAAAACACUACACUCACAGUGCAAUCUGCUUGGCAACAACCUCAAAGACGUGGUUGACAAGUACAAAAAGUAUGACGACUCAAACACCGGUCUUUUGAAGUGGCUCAACAGCUCAGAGGAGGAGGCGAGAAAGCAGCAAUCAGAGGCCAUAGCAGCUGACCCUCAAACGCUACAGAAACAGCUGGAGGACACCAAGGUUUUACAAGGUCAGAUGAUGGGGCACCAGACUGCUAUUGAUUCUUUACGUAAAACAGCUGAGUCUUUAAUAACAUCUGAAGGUGACCUGCUGAGCAAUCCAGAUGAGAUCCAGGAGACAGUAGAUGACAUAGUGGAGCGUUACGACAACCUUUCCAAGUCUGUAAGCGAUCGAAAUGAGAAGCUGCAGAUCACCCUGACUCGCUCUAUGAGUGUUCAGGAUGGCUUGGAUGAGAUGAUGGGAUGGAUGGAGGGAGUUGAGGCCAGUGUGGAAGAAAAAGGGCAAAUAACCUUGGACUCUGCAUCUCUUGGAGGCAUCCUGAGCAAAGAAGCAGCUUUAGAGCAGGACAUAGCAAGUCGCCAGAGCAGCAUCUCAGCCAUGAAAGCCAAGGUGAAGAAGUUUGUGGAGACGGCUGAUCCCUCUGCUGCCGCGCUUCUGCAGUCUAAGAUGGACUCUCUCUCCCAGCGCUUCUCUGAUGCGUGUGAUCAGCACAGGCAAAAAAUUGCUACUCUGGAGAAGCUGAAAGAAAAGGUAGAGCAGUUUGAGAAUGUAGCCGAAAAAGUCCAGCAGUUUGUUUUGAAGCGCUCACAGGACCUGCACGAAACAGACGGCCCGGGGAAAACUUUCAAUGAACUGUCUCAGCUAAUGCAGAACACCAAAGCUGAGAUGGCUGAAUAUGCUGGUGAUUUGGAGAAGCUGCAGACUUUGUCCAAGGAACUGUCUGAAAUAAGCCCUGAUGGAAACAAAGCCCAAAUUCAGAGCAAGCUGGACAAUCUCUCAAAUGUUUUCAGCACCUUUAAAGACACCAUCAAAGAAAAGGAAGAGGAACUGUCAUCUUGUCAGGACCAGCUGGGAGAGUUCAGAUCUGCAGCUAGCGCUCUCACUAAGUGGCUGGAGGAGGCUAAUGACAAAGUACCUGCAGAUCAGCCAAGCAGCAGUGAGAAAACUCUGGAGAGCGACCUGCAGAUAGUCACCGGAUUACUAAAUGAAUGGACAUCCAAAGGCCCCGUUGUCCAAGACCUGAACACUAAAGGAUCGACGCUGUGCAACUUGAUUACUUUCCUCACAUCACCUGCCAAGACAAAGACUCCCAACAAGUCGGCUCUUACUAAUGGUGAUGGUCCAGCAAGCCAUACCUACCUAACCAACAAAGAGCUGAUGGUUAUUCAGCAGAACAUGUCUUCCAUCAAUGUGGGGUACACGGACCUCGGAGAAACGCUGAAGAAUCGCUCAGCACAGCUGAGUAGUUUGUUGCAGAAGGUGAAAGAGGCCCAGAAGGAGACAGAUGACAUGAUGCUGUGGCUGAAGGACAUGAAAAAGACCGCACAGUCCUGGAACAGUGCAGCCACAGAGAAAGACUCGGUGAAAACACAGCUUGAACAGCAGAAGGCAUUUGAAGACAACAUGAAGCAAAAACAAGAGGGGCUUCACAAGCUCAGAGAGAAGCUUCUCGACUUGAUUAAGACUCAUCCAAACUCACCCGAGGCAGCAAAAUGGAAGCAGAUGCUGGCAGAAAUAGAUGCUGCCUGGGCAGACAUCAGUGGCUCUGUUGAGGAGAGGAAGCAGCACCUGGAGCAGUCCAACAAGAAUCUGGACAUCUUCCAAACAACAGAGCAGCAGCUUGGUCAGUGGCUUUCAGAGAAGGAGCUUAUGAUGAGUGUCCUUGGACCCCUCUCCAUAGACCCGAACAUGCUUAAAAUGCAGAAGCAACAAGUCCAGAUCCUCCAGAAUGAGUUUAAGAGCCGCAAACCUCAAUAUGAACAACUCGAGGAAGCUGCCUCCGCCAUCCUAAGCUCAUCAGGUGAUCAGGACCCUUCGAGUGGGAAGCUGGUGAAUGAGCAGCUUGCUGCAGUCACUCAGAAGUGGGCAGGCCUCACAGGACAGCUGGACCAGCGAGACAGCCUUAUUGAUCAGGCAGUGGUGAAAACCGGAAAGUUUCAGGAGUUACUGAGGAGCCUCAGUAACACUGCCACUCAGCUGGAGAGUCAGCUCACAAACCAUCAGGGCCUCAGCACGCAACCUGAUGCUGUGAAGAAGCAGUUGGAGGAUGCCCAGAACAUCUCGGCUCAGCUGCGAGAGGAGAAGAAGAAGCUGAAGGAGGCUGAGGCCAUCAAUGAAGAGCUCACAGCGAUGGUGACUGAGGACUACCUCAAAGCAGACCUCGCAAGGCAGCUGGAGAGUGUUUGCAAGCCUUUUAAGCAGUUGGAAGAGAAAGCAGCAAAAAGAAUUGAACAGUUAAACUCCACCUUUGCCAGUUCUCAGCAGUUUCAUCAGACUUCCAGAGAUUUACAGUCAUGGCUGGGUGAGAAGCUCCAGGACCAAUCGAAGCCCAAACCCAUCUCUGCCAAAGUGGAGGUUCUGCAACAAACUGUGGAGGAGCACAGUAAACUCCAGAAGGCUCUCGGUGAACAUGAGAAAGCUUUUAAUACAAUCAUUGGAGAGGGAGAGAUGCUUCUGCACAACAUUGAUGGUGCAGAGAAGUUAGCACUACAAGGUCAGCUUACUACCCUCUCAUCCAACUGGGAAGAAGUGAAGAAGAGCUCCGCAGAGCAGGCUGACAAACUCCAAACUGCUCUGAUGAGAUCACUGAAGUAUCAGGAGCAUGCGGAGAAGCUUAACUCUUGGAUUCAGGAGUGUGAGGCUAGCGAGGGCCGAGUCAAGCUCACCGUUGAUCCUGCUGCUGUGGAGACUUCCAUUUCUCAGUUGAAAGCUCUCCAGAAGGAUGUUGAUAAGCACAGAGGGUUGGUGGAGCAGCUCAACGCAGCUGCAGAUAGCCUUCUUGAGGUGGCCAACACAGACACUGAUGCUAUAAAAGAAGAGAAGGCUAGCACUGGCAAAAGAGUAGACAAUAUAGUGGAAAGUCUGCAGAGCAAAAGGGAAUCUUCAGAGAAGAUCUCGCACACAGUAAAGGAAUUUAAUGAUGCGUGCAAAGAGGCAAAGACUCAGCUUGAGGGAGCUAAGAAGCAAGUGGAUGCCUAUGAAACACAGGGAGUUCAGGCACACAGCAACAAGAGCCUAACCAACAUGAAAGCCCAACACAAGAGUUUAGAGGCUGUGCAGAAUCAAGUAGAGCACAUGAAGGCCUUGGCCAAGGACCUUGUGGUGGAUGUCCCUGAUGCUGAAGGAGUGACAGACCUCUUACUACAGGCAGACAGCAUAGAAAAGGACUACAGCAACCUUAAUAAGAAACUGGAGGAGACAUGUCAAGCAUUGGAGGGUAAACUGCAGGGUAUCGGACAGUUUCAAAACAACAUCCGCGAGAUGUUUGCACAGUUCACAGAGCUGGAUGAUGAGCUAGACAGCAUGUCCCCAGUGGAUCUCAAUUUGGACACUCUUAAAGAACAGCAGGACAGCAUUCAGAGUUUUGUGGCUAAGCUGCGAGAGCUCAUGGCUAACACAGCCAAUGCUGGAGACAGCUGUAAGAAGAUGUUAGAGUCUGAACCCUCACCUGACCUUCUGGGCCUGAAGAGAGAUCUGGAUGCUCUGAGUAAGCAGUGUGGCAAACUGUUAGACAGAGCCAAAGGAAGAGAGGUCCAGGUGCAGAGUACUCUUACAAAGCUAGAGGAGCUGUAUGGUAAACUCAAUCAAAUGGAAGAUAAACUCUGCAGAGCUGUGGACAAGGAGGCGUCCCAGGAGCCGGUCAGCAUGGAGACAGAAGUGAUCAACCAGCAGCUGGAGGCUUUUAAGGCUUUUCAGAAAGAGGACAUUGAUCCACUGCAGAACCAGCUUCAAGACAUCAAUUCCCUCGGGCAGGGUCUGAUCCAGAAUGCUGCUAAAGGCACUAGCACUAAGAAACUCGAGGACGACCUGGAAGGUGUCAACUCUAAGUGGAAUACCCUCAACAAAAAGAUUGCUGAGCGUUCAGCCCAGCUGCACGAAGCCCUCUUGCACUGUGGCCAGUUCCAGGAUGCUCUGGAGUCCCUACUCAGCUGGUUGACUGACACGGAGGAGCUCGUGGCCAAUCAAAAACCUCCGUCUGCUGAGUUUAAAGUGGUGAAGGCACAGAUACAAGAGCAGAAGCUCUUACAGAGACUGCUGGACGACCGAAAGCCGACAGUGGAGCUGAUAAAAAAGGAGGGAGGGAAGGUUGCUGAACUGGCAGAGUCUGUGGAUAAGGAGAAAGUGGCAAAAGAGAUUGAAUGCCUGGGACAGAGGUGGGACACGCUUCUCAAGAAGGCUGAAAACAGGCAUAAACAACUAGAGAGCAUCUUAGUGGUGACUCAGCAGUUCCAUGAGACUCUGGAGCCGCUGAGCGAGUGGCUGUCAGCCACAGAGAAACACCUCGCCAACUCUGAGCCAAUAGGCACUGAGACUUCUAAGCUGGAAGAUCAGAUAUCUCAGCACAAGGCAUUAGAGGAGGAGAUUAUGAAUCACAGUAAAGACCUGUUUCAGGCUGUCAAUCUUGGCCAAAUGCUCAAAACUGUGAGCUCAGUGGACGAUAAGGAGUUUGUUCAGUCUAAACUGGACACCACUCAGGCCAGUUACAUAGAGCUCCAGGAGCGAUGCAGGAGGAAAGCUGAAAUGCUUCAGCAAGCUUUGGCAAAUGCCCAGCUGUUUGGAGAGGAUGAAGUGGCUCUCAUGAACUGGCUCAACGAGAUACACACAAGGCUGAGUGAAGUGUCGGUGGAAGACUACAGACUAGAGGUUCUUGAAAAGCAGCUGGCAGACCAACGGGCACUGCAAAGUGAUAUUGGCUUAAGGAAGAAGAAUGUUGACCAAGCCAUCUCCAAUGGGGUAGAGCUACUGAAGCAAACAACAGGUGAUGAGGUGAUCGUUAUCCAAGGCAAACUGGAUGGAAUAAAAACAAAAUAUGCUGAGAUAAACUCUAUGAGUGCCAGUGUUUUAAAGACACUGGAGCAGGUUUUGAGUCUGUCUUCUAAGCUGCAGCAUACUCACACGGAUCUGAGCUCAUGGCUAGAGAAAGCAGAGGCUGAGAUUAACAGCUUUGCUCAUCAGGAGCCAGUCGGCGAGCAGCUGAUUCAUUCACAAAGCAGGCAGAAAGCCAUGUUGAAAGAGAUCAAAGACCAAAAACCAGUGUUGGACCAGCUGAAUGAGUUGAGCAGUUCACUCUUGGAUUUAAUCCCCUGGCACACUCGUGAGAGUUUGGACAAACUUGUGUCUGAGGAUAAUGAGAGGUACAGAGCUGCCUAUGACACUUUGACCCAGAAGGUCGACCAGAUCAAUGCUGACAUACUCAAGUCCCAACAGUUUGAACAGGCCGCAGACAAUGAACUCUCCUGGCUGACUGACGCUGAGGGGAAACUGCUAUCGAUGGGUGAGAUCAGGCUGGAGCAGGACCAAACCACAGCUCAGCUCCAAGCACAGAAGAUUUUCUCCAUGGACAUCAUGAGACACAAAGAUGCUGUAGAUGAGAUUGUGAAAACAGGAAAGGCCAUGAUGACCAGCAAAAACCCAGAGGAGAAAGAACUCUUAAAGGCCAAGACACAGACUCUCCUCGAGAAGUAUGGUGUCGUCAGCCAGCUGAAUUCAGAGCGUUGUCUGCAGCUUGAGCGAGCCCAGUCUCUUGCCACUCAGUUCUGGGAGACCUAUGAGGAGCUGGGGCCAUGGCUUCAGGAAACUUUAAACACCUUCAGCCAGUUACCCCCGCCUGCCAUUGAGUACGACACGCUCAGGCAGCAACAAGAGGACCUCAGGCAAAUGCGGGAACUGAUUGCAGAGCACAAGCCCCAUAUUGAUAAGAUGAAUAAAACUGGUCCUCAGCUGCUUGAGCUCAGCCCAGUGGAGGGUGAGCCCAUCAGAGAGAAAUACACAGCUACUGACCAACUUUACACCAAACUGAAAGCUGAUGUCAAGCAGAGAGCUGCCACUUUGGAUGAAGCCAUCUCCAAAUCCACUCAGUUCCAUGAUAAAAUUGAUCCCAUGCUCGAAUCCCUGGAACGGAUCGCUGAACGCCUCCAUCAGCCUCCAUCCAUCUCAGUGGAGGUGGACAAGAUCAGGGAGCAGAUUACAGAAAAUAAGACGGUCUCUGUGGAUUUGGAGAAGCUGCAGCCAUCUUAUGAGACACUGAAGCAACGAGGUGAAGAGAUGAUCGCACGAUCCGAAGGGGCAGACAAGGACCUGUCUGCCAAAGCUGUGCAAGACAAACUGGACCGCAUGGUUUUCCUGUGGAACGACAUCCAGGCAUUGGUGGAAGAGCGGGAGGCGAAGCUGCUGGAUGUGAUGGACCUCGCAGACAAGUUCUGGUGUGACCACACCGCCCUCAUCGUCACCAUUAAGGACAGCCACGACCUGCUGAGGGAGCUGGAGGAGCCCGGAGUCGAUCCUUCAGUCGUCAAACAGCAACAGGAAUUUGUGGAGGGAUUUAAGGAGGAGAUUGAUGGGCUGCAGGAGGAACUCGAUGGGGUUCAAAACCAGGGUGCGGAGCUCAUGACUGCCUGCGGGGAACCCGAUAAACCUGUGAUAAAGAAGAGCUUGGAUGAAGUGAAUACAGCGUGGGAGAAUCUCAAUAAGAUGUGGAAGGAGAGAGGAGAGAGACUGGAAGAAGCCAUGCAAGCUGCUGUGCAGUUUCAAGAUGGCCUGCAGGGUAUGUUUGACUGGGUGGAUAUUCUGGAGAGCAAGCUGGAUUCAAUGUCACCUGUGGGCACGGAUCUGGAAACCGUCAAGCAGCAGAUUGUGGAACUCAAGGAGUUCAAAGGAGAAGCGUACCAGCUACAGAUUGAGAUGGAGCGUCUGAACCACCAGGCCGGCCUCCUGCUGAAGAAGGUGACAGAGGAGGCUGACCGCUCCGCCAUCCAGGAGCCGAUGUCUGAACUCAAAAUGCUUUGGGACAACCUGGAUGAGAAGAUCAUCAGUCGGCAGCACAAACUGGAGGGAGGCCUUCUCGCACUGGGGCAGUUCCAGCAUGCACUGGAUGAGCUGCUGGCCUGGAUGAGCCACACUGAGGAGCUGCUCAAUGAACAGAAAAAUGCUGGAGGAGACCCCAAAGCCAUCGAGAUAGAGCUCGCCAAGCACAACGUCCUCCAGAUAGAUGUGUUGGCUCACAAGUCAACAGUCGAGACAGUGAACAAAGCCGGCAAUGAUCUGGUGCAGUCCAGCGCUGGAGAGGAAGCUUCUAGCCUGCAGAGCAAACUGGAGAAUCUGAACCAGCGAUGGAAAGCCAUCCUGGAAAAGACGGAGCAAAGGAAGCAACAGCUGGAAAGCUCUCUGCUUCAGGCUCAGGGUUUCCAUGGUGAGAUAGAAGACAUGCAGCAGUGGCUGAAAGACACAGAACGUCAGCUGUUGGCAUCAAAGGCUGUGGGAGGCUUACCAGACACGGCCCGGGAGCAGCUUAACGCCCAUCUGGAGUUGUGUUCUGCCUUUGAGUCAAAAGAGGAGCUGUAUCAGGAGCUCCAGAACAAGGGUCAGCAACUGCUAACGAUGAUGCCCGAGGGUCCAGACAGUAACACGGAGCAGGAUCUCGCCAACCUGAAGGAAAAAUGGGAAGCGGUGCAAGCGAAGGUCGCUGAAAGAAAGGUGAAACUAGAAGAAGCUUUGACUGUGGCUACAGAUUUCCACAACUCCCUGCAAGAUUUCAUCAACUGGCUAACCCAAGCAGAGCAGACGCUGAACACAGUUUCGCCCGCUUCCCUCAUACUGGAGACCAUCAUGUUUCAGAUAGAUGAGCAUAAGAUGUUUGUGACGGAGGUAAACUCCCACAGAGAACACAUUAUUGAACUGGACAAGACGGGCACACAUCUGAAGUACUUCAGCCAGAAACAGGAUGUGGUCCUGAUAAAGAACCUGCUGCUCAGCGUGCAAGGGCGCUGGGAGAAGCUGGUGCAGAGGUCUGUUGAGCGGGGUCGUCUACUGGACGACGCCAGGAAGAGGGCGAAGCAGUUCCAUGAAAAUUUCAAUAAACUGAUGGAGUGGUUAGAUGAAUCUGAGAAGACUCUGGACUCUGAAGUGGAAAUUGCCAAUGAUCCCGAUAAAAUCAAGACGCAGCUGGCACAGCACAAGGAGUUCCAGAAAGCUCUUGGCAGCAAACACUCUGUGUAUGAUACCACCACUCGAACAGGACGGGCCCUGAAAGACAAGACCACUCUACAGGAUGACAGACAGAAGCUGGACGACAUGCUGAGUGAACUGAGGGACAAAUGGGACACUGUUUGUGGGAAGUCAGUGGAAAGACAAAACAAGCUGGAAGAGGCCUUGUUGUUCUCCGGCCAGUUUACAGAUGCUCUCCAGGCUCUUAUUGACUGGUUGUACAGGGUGGAACCUCAGCUGGCUGAGGACCAGCCCGUACAUGGAGACAUAGACCUGGUUCUCAACCUGAUAGACAACCACAAGGUUUUUCAGAAGGAGUUGGGAAAGCGGACGGUAAGCGUCCAGGCCCUCAAACGUUCAGCCAGGGAGCUGAUUGAGAACACUCACGAUGACUCCUCCUGGGUCAAAGUCCAGAUGCAGGAGCUGAGCACGCGCUGGGAGACGGUGUGCAACCUGUCUGUGUCUAAGCAGACCCGGCUGGAGCAGGCUUUGGGCCAGGCUGAAGAAUUUCACUCUGCUGUUCACAUCCUGCUGGAGUGGCUAGCUGAGGCAGAGCAAAGUUUGCGCUUCCAUGGCAGCUUGCCCGACGAUGAAGAAGCUCUGCGAGCGCUUAUCGAACAACACAAGGUGUUCAUGAAAAAACUGGAAGAAAAGCGAGUGGCUCUAAAUAAAGCGGCCAGUAUGGGGGAGGCCAUUCUCAGCAUCUGCCAUCCAGACUCUAUCACAACCAUCAAGCACUGGAACACCAUCAUUAAAGCCCGCUUUGAAGAGGUGCAGGCUUGGGCCAGACAGCACCAGCAGCGACUGGCCACAGCCCUCACUGAGCUGCUAGCUACUCAGGAGCUGCUGGAAAAUCUUCUGACGUGGCUACAGUGGGCUGAGACCAACCUCAACGACAAGGAUAAGGAGCCACUCCCUCAGGAGAUCGAGGAGGUCAAAAACCUCAUAGCAGAACACCAGGCAUUCAUGGAGGAAAUGACCAGGAAGCAACCAGAUGUUGACAAAAUCACCAAGACACACAAAAGGAAGGCUGCUGUGGAGCCCCAGAUCCAGUCUCAGAUCCCCGUGUUGGACAAAGGAAGAGCUGGAAGAAAACGUUCUCCCACGCAAGCGAUGUAUGCGUCAUCAACACAAGCUCCCAUUGAAACAAAGAACCCACGGGUUAACCUGCUGGUGACCAAGUGGCAGCACGUGUGGCUGCUGGCUUUGGACAGAAGGAGGAAACUCAAUGAUGCUUUGGACAGACUGGAGGAGCUGAAAGAAUUUGCCAACUUUGACUUUGAUGUGUGGCGGAAACGUUACAUGCGCUGGAUGAACCAUAAAAAGUCUCGCGUCAUGGACUUCUUCCGCCGCAUUGACAAAGACCAAGACGGCAAAGUGACGCGACAGGAGUUCAUAGAAGGCAUCCUCUCCUCCAAAUUCCCAACAAGUCGUCUGGAGAUGAGCGCCGUGGCAGACAUCUUUGACAGAGACGGUGACGGCUACAUUGACUACUACGAGUUUGUAGCAGCUCUACAUCCCAACAAAGACGCUUACAAACCACUAACAGAUGCUGACAAAAUUGAGGACGAGGUCACGCGCCAAGUGGCGAAGUGCAAAUGUCCAAAACGAUUCCAGGUGGAGCAAAUUGGUGCCAAUAAAUACCGGUUCUACCUUGGAAAUCAGUUUGGUCUGGUUCACUGCUUACAUGACUCCUUAAUCGGCGAUGAGACAAUAGCAAACAGGGAAAAUCAAAAUCUUACCCCCCACCUACACGUUGCAGUUUUGGAAAGCUGUAUUCUGUUUGGAGACUCUCAGCAGCUUCGCCUUGUGAGAAUUUUGCGCAGCACUGUGAUGGUGCGGGUGGGAGGAGGCUGGAUGGCACUGGACGAGUUUCUGGUGAAGAAUGACCCCUGUCGAGUGCAUCACCACGGGAGCAAAAUGUUGCGCUCGGAAUCAAACUCUUCAAUUACUCAGUCUCCUAUAGGUUGGCAAAUCUCAAACUUUCUCACCUUGCUCCAUGAACCCACCAGUGCUAAAGGCAGGACCAAUGUGGAGCUGCGAGAGAAGUUCAUCCUCCCAGAGGGAACCACUCAAGUGAUGGCAAGCUUCCGCUACAGAGGCCGGAGGUCUCGGCCUUCAUCUCGAGGAGCUUCUCCCAACAGAUCCACCUCCAGUCAGAGCCUCCCCGUCCCCAUCAACCCAGCAGCGACCAGCACACCCAAGAAUCCCCAACACAUAACCCGCAAUUAUGAUAAGCCAUGGCUUACAAACAGCAAACCCUCCACUCCUCUUAAAUCAUCAGACUCCUUUGGGAGCCAAGGUUCAUCCUCAGAGAGUAAUGCGGUUCAAGGCAGUAAAUUGCGUUUGCCUGGGUACCUGUCUGGCAAAGGAUUUCAGUCAGGUGAAGAAGGGAGCUUGAUCAGUGCUGCUGUACUAAAAGCUCGAACGCAGACAAUAGGUGAGUCGAGAAAAAAUUCCAGCCGACCAGGAAGUAAAGCCGGAAGCAGAGGAAGCAGUCGCAGAGGAAGUGACGCCUCCGACUUUGACAUCUCAGACAUCCAAUCCGUGUGCUCAGAUGUUUCCGAGACGGUCGGCGACUCUGCCAGAGCGACACCGCGCUCCACGUCCCGUCAACACGGAGGGAAACCCUCUAAGAUCCCCACACCUCAAAGAAGAAUGACCCCUACAAGCAAACUGGCCAAGGGAUUGAAGCGAUAGACAGUGGCCUUGAAAACAAACAAACAACAAACCCAGGAGCAAUUUGCACCCUAAACACAUAAUGGACACUGGAGAUGUGUAACUUAAAGAAAAAAAAAAGUAAAAAAGACUGCAAAUGUGUCACGUGUUAUUUAAAUUCUUGCAAAGAUGUAAAAUAUUCUGUUAAGAGGCAAUAUGGUUUAAUAUUUUGUGAGAAUGGAAAGUCAAUGGCCUUGUGUAUUUGUUUUUAAUGUAUUUUAUUUUUUGUGAAAAUAUGCCAAAUUGUUUUUAUUGUACUUUAUUUUUAUUUAUGCAAAUCCUGAAGAGGAUUGAUGAACACUAGAAAAUCUGGGAAUGAUCAAGCUGAACUAACAUUUCUACACUAAUGAAGGGCAAAGAUGCAGGAUAGUGCUCUAAGAGUUACUGAAUGUACUAUUAUUUAUGUAUGCUUUUGUUUGGAGUAGAUGGUGCAUUAUGGUACCGUUUGACACACUGCGAUUAUCUAUUUAAGUGCUAUGUUAUACUGCCAACAUGCAUUUAAAGGGCAAUGCAAUAUAUUACAAUAAACCCCACUAAGCACUGCAGAAGCCUUCGAAAACAACUAUUUAAGACAAGUAGCAAAAACCUCGUAACCAUGAUGCUUUUAUGUACCCGUUUGUCAGCAGCCCGUCUUUUGUUUAACCACCUCACAGCAAAUGAGUACUCUGACCUCGAAGAGGUACCACUUCAUGUAGACAUUCUCUGUGCAUCCAUGUCAAUGUAUGGUUAAUUUCGGUAGAGCUGAAAUUGUUACUGUAACAUUACUUUGUAAUAAACCUGCUUGCAGAAAGCCACCAGAGACUGGUGUGCACCACAGAA